AUGAUGAAUCCGAUCUCCUGCUACACCAAAGGAACAUUUAUCAACAAACAAUACAAGAUCGUCAACCGUAUUGGAUACGGCAGCUUUGCGACCGCCUUCAAAGUCCAGGAUAGCCAUGACAAUGAUCAAGUGCUGGUGGCAAAAGUGGCGAGAAAAUCGGAUGACGUGUCUGGCAAAUUUGAGAUGGAGAUCGCCGUGUUGACCAAAUUGAUUGGGAUCAAACGUUGGCCACAGAUGAAGAACCACUUCGAAACCGCCAGUUAUCGUGUGAUCAUAAUGAGUGCAGAGGGGGAAUCUCUUGGAGAUGUCUUGUCCAGAAAUAAGAAUGGAGUUUUCUCCAAUGCGAACUCUCUCCGCAUUUCCUAUAGCCUCACGAAAGCUCUUCAUUCCCUUCAUCACGUGGGAUAUUUGCAUCGCGACAUCAAUCGAGACAACAUCACAAUGAAACAACAGGGAAAAGAAAUCGUGAUCAGUGUGAUUGACUUGGGCAACGCCUCCAAAUCUUUUCCGCGUCAAAAAUGUCGCUUCAACAGCUACCCAACGAGCUGGCACGUGAUGAUUGGGAAAGAAUUUAGUGAGCGAGAUGAUUUCGUUUCCGGAUUAUAUUUGAUUGCGGAGUGCUUGGGUGCACCGAUUUUCAACACCAAAAACAAAUCACUUAUAGACGCGAAGCGUGAAUUCCACACUAGCCCGAGGUCUUUUUUCCCUCCAGAACAACACUGGAUGGCGACACUUAUCACGAUUUUCGAUACGAUGGUUUUUGAUAAAAAGACGGAUUUGUCGCCAAUUUGGAAUAUUUACGAAACGGCAAUUCCUCGUGUUUCUCCUUUAUCUCCGAUUGAGUACAAGGAAAUCAAUGAUGCGGUCGUGGUUGCUUGA